GCCGUUAAUUCCGCGCCAAGUAGAACGCCCAUGUUUGCCGUGUGGUCUCACGUCAGGUGUUUUCGCCUCUUAUCAUUGCAGCCUGAAACGGUGCCUCAGGCGAGGAUCGACAUGACCCGCGUUCUGGAGGUGGCCGCGGCCGAGGACGUCACCGGGCAUCCUUACAGCCUCGCCGUGACCUCGCCGGAAGGUGUAACCUUCGUCAAAGGGACGUGCCGCGAGGAGACCAGGUGGUGGACGGACGUUCUCCAGGUGUAUUCGCGAAACAAGGGUCGACACAAACGAAACGCAACCUUCCCCGGUGGGCAGACAACGAUCCUGCAGGUUACGCCGACGAUUCGAAGUAACACGCCAAAUCCACCGCGACCGCGCUUCAAUAGCUGCCGAUCGGAGCCGCGCAGCACCGCGUGGAUUCCAGAGACCGGCGGCGGAACGUCGGACCUGUGCUCCUCCGUCUUCUCGUCCACGCCGUCCUUGGUGACCACCAGCGGCAUUACGGCCGCCAACAACAGCGCGCUGACCAACGGCAACACGGAGGGCAUCUCCGAGAUCAGGAGUAAUCUGUCGCCUCUGCGCGCCCUCGAGAACGGCUCCACCGGAAAUUAUCUGACCACGUCGUCGACCACGAACGGCAACGUUUGCAGCACGGUCCACUCGACUUCCUCGACGGCCGUCUCGACGGCGACAACGACGACGGCGAGCAGCAUUGCCUCGUUGGCCGAUAAGCCGCCGAUGAUCCCCAACGACGGCGCGAGAUCGACAAGCUAUCGAGAUCAACCUGCCAGCAGCGCGUCACCGCCGACCCGGGACAAGCUCCGCGCCGAGGACAAGGCCAGGCGCAGGAUGAAUCAGCAGGGCGAGCGGACUGGCGGCAUCAUCGGCGGCAUCAUCGGCGACGCAGCCGGCCCAGCCUCCGGCGAGAAACUAGACGACGAUGCGUGCCGGAGGAUACUUUUGGAACACGAGCGGGAAAGAGAGGGGAAACUACGAGAUAUAGCAGCCUCGUUGACACAGCCACGAGUGAGAAGAAUCAAGCCGAGAACUUCGGAGCCAACCAGGGACGUCGUGGAUGCGGUCAACGCGGCUCAUCAGGACAAACUUAUCAGAGGGGAUCCCGACGGCUGCGGCCUAGAUAUUUCCGGCAUUAGGUAUUCGCCUACUUCCGAGUUAAGAGUCGAUCUACCGGCGGAGGACUUGCUAAACAUCAAGAAGGGCUGGCUGAUGAAGCAAGGCUUGAAUAAGGAAUGGAACAAACACUGGUUUGUUCUGAGGGGUUGCGGACUAAUGUACUACAGGGACCCCUGCGCGGAGGACAAGGGCAUCAUGGAUGGCGUUAUAGACCUCAAUACUGUCACCGCGGUCACGUCGCUUCAGGUCGCACGAAAUUACGGAUUCCAGACUGUCGCCUGGGACGACAGAGGAAGCACGGUGCUGUCCGCGGUGACAGCUGGUAUUAGGUCCAGUUGGAUGUCGGCCAUCAGAAGAGCGGCCAAUCUACCUGAUUCUGAUAGUAAUGUGGACUCUGUUACCAUUUGUCCGGAUAAUCAGCCGGAGACGAAUCCACAGUCGCCUACUACAUCCAUUACGGAUCGUGAAAGAGACUCCGUCGUUCCAUCGACAUCCAUCACGCCCCGAUCGGUUCUGUUCUCGUCUGACGAAGAGUACAGGACCGCUUCCGAGGGUGGACGAAGAGAGUCCGGCGACUGGUCGGAGAUGCCGGUGUCGCCGCCGCUAGUGAGGAACGACGAAUGGUCUAUGCUGAAAGGUUCCGGCUGGUCGGAUGCGGCGAACCACGAGUGGUCGGAGUUGCCACCGUCGCCGCCGUUAACGAGAACCGCGCUGUCGAGGGUGAAAGCUCGGUCCAGAUCGAGUUCCAGAUCAAGAGUCUACAAGAGAAGCCGGAGUUCUCCGCCGAGCUCGCGAAGAAGCACCCUGGACAGUGUAAGAUCGGAGGAUCUGAUGAUGGCUUGCUGCGAACUCGGCGAGGACGAGGAGCAGAACAAUAGCCAUCUGCAGAACAACAGCUGCCUCUCGAGUACCAACGACAGCCCUCUUAUCGUUGAGCUUUUGGAGAAUCAAGUUUCGCUGUUGCGCGAUCAACUAGAUCAGAACCAGUCCCACCCGAGUACGUUACUAGUCAUUGUCGAGCGUCAGGAGAACGAGAUCGAGAGCUUGAAAUCGCAGCUGAAUGCGGCGCGAACCGACAUCGCGAGUGCGGAGAAGGAGCUGUCCAGGCUCCGGCAGCAGAAAGCGGAGGCGUCCAUCAGGGAGAAACAGGUGGAGGAACUGUUGAAUACGAUACAGAGGACGGAGCAGCAGAGGAAUAAGGAUCUGGACGAUUUGGAGAAAAUGAAAAAGAUGUACAAUAGAGAGAAAGAGGUCUUGGAAUGUAAAUUACUUGAAACAGAGGCUAUUCUGAGGGAAACAACGGAGAGAUGCGAAAUGCUUACGAACGAACUGACGUCGAGUCACCGAAAUGUCGAGCAUCUGCAGGCGGAAACUGCGGCUCUUAGCGACAGAUUGUCUCAAGGUAUCGAGGAAAAUGAACGCCUUUAUAAUAGGGUAAGGGAAUUGGAGGGAAAGAAUGGACUCUCAGCUUCGAGAGAACGUGGUCGAAGCUUUGACUCGCUCAGCGAUUUGACCAAUAUCGAAUUGGAUUUAGAUUUGACCUCGUUGGACAAGGAAAGAGUCAUGGAAGAGUACGACGAGUUGCGAAGCCGUUUCGAGAAAGCUGUCAUGGAAAUUCGAGCCAUGAGAAAGGAGCUGCGAGAGGCUCAUGCUACACAAGAUGUUUUGGAAUUAGAAAUCUUUGCGCAUAAGCAGGACGCAGCUAAUGUCAGCGAGACAAAUCAAGCACAGAUUCAGUUAAUGGCGGCGAGAAUUCAGGACUUAACUAACAAGUUAGCCGCUAGCGAGAAGCAAAUUAGAACGUUGAAGCAAAAGCUGACAAAAGCCGAGAGCAGAGAUAAGAGAAGAUCACUCUCUCUCAAGGGAAGAGAAUCUUUUCAGAUCUCGCAGGAGGUGGAAGACAAACUGUUGGAUCUAGAAAAUAAAAUCUGCGCUAUAGAAAGGGGUAAGAGCAUCAGCGCUCCUGUUUCGGCUGGCAGCAGCUCGAAGGAAUCGAGUCCCAAUCUGAAAAAAGAAAAGAGGAGAGACAGCAAGAAUCUGGAUCGGGCGAGACUGCGAAGGAAAUCUUUAGACAGCGCGACGAGUUCUGAACCAAUGAAAGUGCUGAUUAGACUAAGUACUCUGGAAACAAAAGUGGCUAGCGUUGCUGAGACCAUGGUCAGUGACGCGGAGAAGGAUUCCAGUGAGUGUAGCGAGAUCAGCGGAUCCUCCGAGGUGUCGUUGGAGGUCUUGGCAAGGUUGAAAAAAUUGGAGAGAGUAGUAUUGAAGUCUAAAAGGCGAUUGGAAAAAUGUCUCGGCUCGACGCAGGCGGAGGAUAAGGCCGAAAAGUGUUUGCGAGAGGUGAAUGAAAUAUUAGAUUCGUGCUUAGAAUGUAAGAAGAAUCAGGCUAGCGCUCAAAUCACCGAGUCAGUAGGAGUAGUGGUAUCUAGGCUAGAAACUAUACUUAAGGACAAACUGAGCGAACUCACGAAGAGACGGCAGUUGCUAGCGCAGGAAGGUCGGUUGGACGAGAGGGAGAAGACGAGACUCGUCGCCGAGAGAAUAGCUUUCGAGUCUGUGAUCCUACGGCAAAUUAAAUGCGCGCUGAAUCGCACAACGGACAGAAGUGCCGUUCUAAGUGAAUUGGUCGAAACUAGUCAGCUUGCCUCAAGCUUAAAACGUAAGAUUCACGGAACUAAGCCCAAAACGUACCAAAAAACCAAUUACAUUCAGUAUCUCACUAAAGUGUUAGCGAAUAAGUUAGUACUGAUAGGACACUCCUCUGUAUCGACGGAAACACCGAAGGAGAUUAGCGCCGCUCGCAGCGAAAGUCUUAACUUUUUGCUGCAGAAGCAGCGGGAGAUCAACGAGAUAAUGCGGAAGUACAAGGACGCCAAGUUGCGACAGCUCGCGGAAUCUCUGGCCGCUGAGACGUUGAGUCUGUCCGAGCAGGAGGACCUCGCGGGCAAACAGAUCAGCGGCUCGAACAAGAAGCUGCUCGAGGAUAGACGUAUUCGCGAGGCAUGGGCUUUAGCGCAAGAGACCGUGAGCAAGGAACUUGUGCAGGCAGAAGUGUCUCAUGUUAUCAUGCGUUAUGGACAAUUGUACGAGCAAAACGUCACCUCGAUCACGGACAUUUGCCUCAGCUUUGAUAACGCGGACAACGUUAAGCUGGAAUCGUGGAUAGACGCGGCGCAAGCGCGAUUACGCCAAGAGAUGGAGGUUUCCAUACAUGAGCUGUCGGGGGCUUACGAGGACUGUCUGCGUACAAUGAAGAAGAACAAGCUGAUGACGCUCGAUUCCAAGCACGAAUCCCGUCAACUGCUCACGGACUAUGCCGACGUAAUUGCGCAUAAAGCUUUAAUAGAUUCUAGAAUCGCUCUUCUUCAGGAAACCACUCGGCAAUCAUCUACGACACUGUCUGGCGAGACUUUCGUAUCUAGUCUUAUCCGAAACGAAGAGAUCAUAUCCUGUUUGGCGAACGACGAAGGAUACGAUCUUCAAAGCAAUCCGAUUCUCGAUGCGGAGUAUAGUUACCUUUACCAGCGAUUGACUAAGGAAUGCGAGGAUAGAAUAACCGGAAGAAGAGAAUCGAAGGAGCAACUCAAGAACGUCAGUCAAUCGUUGUUUCACUUGGAAGAAAAUCUAGCUGAGCUCAGCAAAUGUAUAAGAGACAAAACUGGCGUGAAGAUCGACAAUAUUGUUUGGCCCAAGUCGACGAGCAGUGUUACGGAUUGGUCUAGCGUAUGCGAGAAAUGCUUGCACUUACGAGAACAGAUAAGGAAGCUGAGCGAUCACAUGAGCAACGUGUCCUGCCAGACAUGCAACCAACUCCAGGAAACUAUUCAGAAGAUAACGAACGAACACAAUCAGGAAUUAGAGAUGCUCAAGCGCAAUCAAGAGAGAGACUUGAUGGAUAUCAAGGGCGAAUUGGACAGCCAGCGGCAAUCUCUGACGACACAGUACGAGCAUGAGGCAGCCAGUUUACGCGAGAGAGCCAGGAAACUGGAGCAUCGUCUCAAUGCGAUGGAUUCCGAGCAUUCGGCUCAUGUGAACGAGCUGAGAGCUGCUUAUCAAAGAUCGAUAAGCGCCGAAUUGGACACCGACGCCGAGACGCGAAAGCGAUACAAGGAGGAGAUCAAGCAGCUACGCGCGUUAUGCGAAAAAGGUCUGUUGGCUAUGGAGAACUCGCACAGGCGCAUCAUCGCCGAGAUGGAAGAGAAACAUCGGCAGGAACUGGAGAGUCUCAGGGUGGAAAAGGAACAGGCGCUCUCCGAGGAGACACAGGCGACUCUGGCUGCAUUAGACGCCAUGAGGAAAGCGCACGAGCACGAAGUGCAGAAGGAGAUCGCCAAGUUCAAGCAGGAGUUCAUUAAGCAGAUGCAGGCGCGCGAGGACAUUGGCGUUUUGCACAAGGAACAUGAGGAGGAAAUGGAGGAGAUCAAGCAAGAGAUUCUUUCUCUGUCUGCCAAGUAUUCGUCCAAGUGCGUAGAGUCAGCCGCAUUGGAGGAGAAAGUGGGCAAUCUGUCCAAGCAACUUGCCCAGGCGCAACAGCACAUCAUGCAACUGGACGCAAGGAACAAGCAGUUACGAGCGCAUCUGGUAUUGGAGACGAACGACAGUGGUAUCAACGAUACUAUACAGAUACUGAGAGGUAGGGACAACGAGCUCGCCGAGCCGAGGGAAGAGAUGCAUCGACUGCAACAACAAUUCAAGCAUGGGGACACCCUUCGUGAAUCGUCCGGCGUGCCGUCAAAAGCCGCCCUGUCGCUAGACUACUCGCCCGCCUACUCGCCGCAACGCCUCAGAGGUAAUCGGGGCAACGGCGAACAGAAAUUAACGAGCGAACGGAGUCCGAAAGGAGCGAGCUCCUUUUCCAGCGCGUUGCAAAAACAGUCUCUGUCGACGGAUCGGCCUCAGAGCGCAUUCUCGUACAGACUCGAGCGCGUAAAGUCCGUCUCGUUGCCGUACUCGAGUAGUCUGGCCAGGCCGGCGAGUAGUGCCGGUGUUCCCGGCUCGCACGUUGACGGGAAAGAGCCGCCGGCGAGUUUAGGGCAAAAGGAGCGUAACGGCAACCUGGGCUCGUCAUUAUGGGACAGCUUGAGACCGAGGAGCGGCCUGCCUCAUCAGUAUCAAGGUGGCACAACAACAGAGAUGCGAGUCGGCAGCGGCACUAGCGUCCAACGGUGGCAGGAGGCAAAGCAGAAUGAAAAGCAGCAGCUCUCGCAGGCAUACACCCUCCGUGCCAACGCUCGUCACACAUCCCGCCUCACCCCGGAACCCCCAGCUCUCUCCGUUGCAGAGUUGAUGAGGUCUCCAGCGUUGAGGUGGUCCAGCAGAAGUUGUCGCAGUCUACCUCCGACUCCCACACCGAGUUAUCAUCAUCCACUUCAUCCUCCUCUACCCGCUGUGGGCAUGGUCGCCGAGAGGAAGAAACGUUUUGAGCUCUAAAUUUUUGUCUCCCUUUUUUAUUUUUUCGAUUAAUAACUAGAUAUUACGUGUGCGUAGAGGUGGUCGAAGCGCUUGACGUAUUUAAAAAUUACUUUGCAAAUAAAGUUUAAGCAGCCCGUGUAGUAAAACAAAGGGCAACGUUUACGACGGUGAAACACCGCUCCGAUGUUGUGCUUCUUCUUUCGGAAAUUAUGAGACUGAGAGUAUUUUGAUAUACAGUGGAACCAUAAAUGAUUUUAAAACGCUCUACGAGAGACAGAUCGUUGGAAUAAAUACUGCAUCGCGUGUACGCGAAUGGCAGUUUCGCCACUGCCAAACGAGAACGGGGCUUGGAUUUGAUGUUUGAUGGACCAAAGUCGAAAUACCGAUCGCGCUCGUCGUGAAUAUUGAACAUGUUUAUUAAGUAAACAUGAUUCAAUGGCCGAAACGAGUAUCGAUUACUAGAAGAGGACGGAUUGUGCAACCCUUCUUCUUCCACGAGGCGAAAAUUCGUAACGUCAAAAAAUUCAUCGCGGGUUUAUCGAACGCGAUAGGUCGUUUUUGACAGAAUUUUUCUCGAAAAAUUUUUCUAAGCGUAUUCACCCACGCCGCCUUUUACCGGCGACCGUUCUUUGAUAUGCAUUUAGACUUUGAUAAGGGGGUUUUUUUUAUACCGUUAGUUGCGAGUAGAUCUUUUGCUACAACUGACUUUCCGCGAAUGACGCGUGAUUUUGGAAUACAUAUUUCGGGGGCAUUAUUUACCGCAAAGUGUCACGCGCGAAAUUCUUCACGACGUAUUGUUUGGUGCUAAAAACAAAGCGCGUUAAGAAAACAUGUAUUACGAAUCAUGUAUGCACUCGUCGUGAUAGCCUACCAUAAUGUAGUAUAGAACUGUGUUUCGACGUAACAAUAUAUAGGACCAAGGACAAAUGUUUAUUAGGUUUCCACAACCUUCUCGAAAUUCGCAUCGGUUGAGCGUAGGCGUGCGCGGACUUUUUUUAUUUGGUGAUCCCGCGGGGACAAUUUCAAAAUUUCAAUAAAUGAAACGAAAUAGAAAAAGACGACACCAGUUGUCCCAUUGCUACUCAAUCGUGACUUCGCUGGGUGCGUGAAAAUAAUUUCUUUUUAUACUUUUGGGAAAAGUGAAAAGCCUAUUCCGUGACACGCCUAUGCGGUUGAGUGUACUCGACGAAUGAAAUUGCACUCUGAGUUUUCAUGUUAAACAAAUCCCACUCUACGGUUAUUAUUAAAGGAAAUAAUACUUUUUAAGUAUAUUAACGUUGAAAUACGAAUGAUUAAUUGUUUAACAUCAUUAGAUUUUCGUAAUUCUGAAGGAUUUGUAUUUGUUGAGUAUAUAUUUGUCAAGUUAAACGAAAGAUUCCAUUUUAUAUGCUGGUUAAAUUUGAUUUGCGUACGUCUGUCUCCUCCCAGAGGAGAUCCCGUUAAGUUUGUUAUAUUUAAGACACAAAUAUUUUGAACUAUGCACUUCUGGUUAUUGCAGAGAAGAUUUCUAGGUUGAAUGUAUCCAUUCGACUUAAAGUAAAAGGGGAAAAAAAAGGAAAUUUUAGUUUGUUAAUCGAGAACGAAGAGAUCAUACGCUUGUUUCUCGCUCUUGUUAUGUAUAGAUACUGCACGUAAUAUGGCAUUGCACUGUGUAUUAUCGCAUCUUCUCAUUGUGUAAAUGUUUUCAGAUUGCGAUCAUUUGAUGUUAAUACUGUAUAGUUUAUGACGUUUUUAUUAAGGAGCAGUAAAAUAUAGACGAUUAAUUCCGUUCUUUCCCCCCAAUCUCCCAUCUAUCGUGUGUACGGAUUGUUUAUAUAUUACUAUCGUAUUUUAUAUUAUACAUAUAUAUAUAUUAUUACUAUGAUUAUUAUUGCGAUUCGUUCCAGUGAUUCGCACGAUAUUAAAACGAUAGAGGAUGUUAAAAACUUUUCGAUUGUCCCUUAUGUAGAAUAAUUACUCAGGAUUGUUUAACAUUUAUAAUAUAUUACUAUUAUGCUAUUGUAUUUGUAUGAUAAUUUAUAUAUAACGUUUGAAAUAAAAUACAGUAACCAUGAAUAUA